AUGGGGAUAUCAGCUGGGCGUUACGAGGCAGCUCCGGCUGAGAGAGUCAAUACAAGAUUGGAAGAAAACGAUUACUAUGACAGUACACGCAGUGAUACAGGGGCAAGCUACGAUGAUGGGGAGCCGGAUGAUGAAGAGCCGGAAUCUGCUGUACCGUCCGGUCAGGAAAUACCCAGGAGUUUUGAUUCAAAGCCCCACCCUCAGUACCCAGGACGUCCCGGAUCGGAUGAUGACGAUGCCGAAUUCAUAAAGGCAGCAGCGAACCUCGACGAAUUCUACAAGGAGCUCGAAAAGGUUCUAUACCCUAAUGGUGAGGGUACAUUAUUUCCCCCUAACCCCGCGAAGACAUCGAGAGGGGAUUGGGCAAGCGUAUCGGAGGAUGACGAUGCCGGAUUCGCAAAGACAGCGGCGGACCUCGAUGAGUUUUACAAGAGGAAUAAUCUGCUUCAGGGACCAAAUGCCCUCGAUAAACCAAGGCCCGACCCCGCCCCCUCAGAUUAUCAGAGUCCGGAUUGGAAGAAAAUUGAUGCAUGGGAUAGCGAUGCCGAAUUUACACGUACGGCAGAGAAGCUUGACGAACUUUACAAAACGAUUGGGCUUGGCCAUAUUUUAAGUAAAAAGUCGCCAAAUACUAAUACAACUAACAAUGCGCAUAUCAGUGCUGUACCAGAGACAGAAACCAAUAAAGCGCAUCACAAACCCCCCAGAGCUUCGGGUCAAGGGUUGGGGUUGAAAAACACCGGUUCUUCUUCCAGGAGGGCCGAGACAAAUGGCGGGAAGGCACAGGUAAAGGUGACUAGUGAGGGGAGUCCUUAUAUCGAACAUAUCAAGCCUCAAAAGGCACAGAAAAGAACAAGCAGUGCAAGGCGACCUCAUAUCGAACACCCUAAGCAGGAAAAGACAGCAGCUAGAAGAAACAGUAGUGCGCAAACCCCUUAUAUCGAACGUCUUGAGCAACAAAAGGCACCCCAUGAGAACAUGAAACCCCAUGAGGACAUGAAAGCACAAGUACCGGUACCGGCCUUGAACGAACACGAAAAAGGCCUCCUCGAAUCCAUAGGAAUUGAACCGAAGGCACAGAAAAACCAGGAACUACUCUCUCAACAUGGCCUUUCUAAUGGGCAGGCCAAGCCCUCCCGGAAGGAUAAGGCGGGUCCAAAAUUGCGCAGAGAAGCUCUCUACGAUCCAAAGGAAUAUCGUACCAGAAGGAUUGGUAGUUAUCUAUUCGUGUUUGGUAUUCUCAUUUGGCUGCUACACAAUACUACGUUGGUCACCAAGUUUUUCGUCCCUUGCCCGCGCCAUAUCUUCUUGGACCCUGCUGGGGCCGCAUAUAAUAUCAGCAGUAGCAUUGCAACUGUACCCAAAGCUGUGACUUGUUCGAUUUUUCCAUGUAAGUCUACCCAACGGGCACGUUUAAGAACCAUCGAUACUUUGGCACAAAAGGUCGGGCGGGACUACGGCACGUACAAAGCAUUCACAUCGUCUAUUGAAAUCCUCGGGGAACCAUCUUACCUGGACAAAUUAACGGAAAGGUUCGAGAUUGCGAAAGCGCUACCUCAUUAUGGAAGACCCAUAGGCGAUCUGACAGCCAACUACAUGAAAAAUGCCCAUGAGCAAUUCGUAAAAAUCAAUGCGUCACUCAAAAACUUAUUCAUUCGCGCAAGGAAAAUCGGCGAUUUCACAUCAGAUAAUAUUAUUGGGUUUCUCGAAUACCUCACAAAUCAGAUCCCGCACGACCUUCAAGACAAGCUGAACCUUCCACCAGGCUGGAAUGCCAAUCUCAUCAUGGAUGAUCGGCGUGAUGGCGAAAAAUACAUGACGCUACGCGGCCAAAGGAUCACAAAGGAGAUUGUGAAGGCCUAUCGUUCAUUAUUGGACAAUAUCGAGGGCCUAGAUCUCCAAUUAAGAAACGCUGCCAAGUUGACAGGGGUCCUUGUCAAUGAGGGUGUAUCCGAUUUGGGUCCUGGACUUGAAGAGGUUGAACCUAUAUUGAAAACCAUUACUGAUCUCAAGGGAUAUGUUGCAUGGUGUGUCCUGGAAUUCCCAAAGUUCGAGCGUGGCCAGGAACAUGUGGAUGAUGAUUCAAGGAACGUGAGACCAUCCAAUGUGGAGUCGGCCUGGGAGUCUGUACUUUCGUUUGAUAGUGAUGCUGUUGGGAGACGUAAGUCUUAUAGACGGGAACGGGCGAAAUAG